AUGGUGGGCAUUAGCCCGCUCAACAGAGACGGCAGCGGUGUGAAUGCAGUCGAUGUUCAUGAGCUUUUGAGCGACAUCCUAGCAGCCGGAUUUUUGGAUCAACGAGUCCAUGCCGUGGGAGUCGAACCUCGAGACGGCGAGGAGAUUGUGUGGAACAGCACCUUCUUUCAGGCUGCUCACGGAAUGUUGGGCCACUUCGACCCAUCUGCCAUCAAAUGCCUCAGUCUGGCAGGAUCUCAUGGCCAGGAAAUCUCCCAUGAUGGAGAUGAAUCCAUCUGCCAUGACGGCAAACUCAACCUUGAGCUCUUGCGAAAGAAGGACGAAGCCUUCUACCGGGCGGCAACGCACGGGGUCAACUGGAAGGUCCUGAGGAAGGAAGCCGCGAUGCACCUGCCUCAUCUGUUGAGCAUGAUUCAACGGACAGGAAAUGCUACCAUGCAAAGGCAGGAGCACGAGCUCCAGCUGAUGCGACGUCUCCACGGGCUUUGGGUGACCGAGUCGAACCACACGAAGCAUGUCGAUUUCCUCUCCAUCAGAAAGAAAGUUACGACUGGGAAAACCGUGCACUUCAAAGCCCUGCCGAACCUUUACACAUUCGCCCUCAAGCACGGCGGAGGGCGGACUCCGUUUCUCAUGGAUGAGACCGAGGUGAAGCUCGCAUAUGCCAAGGAAGUGGCACAGGCAGCCGAUGCUAAGAGGAUGAUGCACAAGGACAUGUUGACCGAGGUCCGGGCCGCAGACGGCAUCAUGCAUCAAUGGCGACAACUCGUUGAAGGGCUACCCAAUAAGGGGAAAGACCUUCUUGCCAAGCCGGAAUUGAUCACUGCACUCAGCUUCGCUGACAUGCACUUGAUUGGCUUUGUCUUGAAGCUGCCCGUGGACGUGAGGCAGUACUCUUCCAAGGAGGCUUUGGCCCACGAUGUCGUCGUUAUCAUGCGAGGGAUUUGCGGGCAGCACGUGGACUCCCCAUGGGAGGCUCAUGCCAUGCAACAGAAGGCCGUCGAGGACACUUCCAGCCCCAAGGUCGUUGCGAUGAGGGAGCUCAACCCAGAUGGGACGGUUAAGCAACCCGAUGCAGGCUUCAAGGUUGGAUCAUGGUGCAGAAGGAAGAGCGACGGGCAGUCCGGCCAGAUCGUAGCAUGCCAAGGAGGCAAAGUGCAAUUGAAGCAGCCCGACGGCAACCUAGGCAAGGUCGUGCUGGACGUGUUUCUCGGCGGUGAUUGGACAGUCUUCACACCGAAGCCUGAACCAGUGCUGAUCCCGGAUGUUUUGCUAUACGCGCCCAGCAAGCAUCCGGAUUUCGAGAAGCAGCAAAUGCAGGCCAUCAUGAUGCUUGAUAUGUUCGAUCUGCAGGCUAAGCACGAAGCUAACAGCAUGCUUGCACGGCUACACAUGCACUUGAUGCCCCAGAAGAAGGUGCCCGAUGACUGCUUUGAAGUCUUACCACCUGUGGCUGAUAUGCAUUUCUGGUCGGCUCCGAUGCUGGUGCUUCCGAAAGCGGAGGGCGACCCCGGCUUUGCGAACUUAGCCUUCAUGAUUCAGACCACUCAUGACGAGGAUGUCGGCAACAUGGAAGUCUCUUACAUCAAGAGUCAACGAAUGAGCAAGAUCCAGCUACCCGUGCUCAAGAAUCAUCGGGAGAUCGCUGAGGGCGAGAGCCUUUUCAUCUAUAAGCCCAAGGUUGAAGUUCCGCUUAUGCCACUCGAUUCAGACUCUCCGAAACCGGCCAAGAGAAUGCGCUCGAAGGCUCCGGCAGAGCCCUGA